GCUUCUCGCGAUAUUUCCGGAGCCGCCAGUCCACGCGGAAUUGGAACGCGUGUGCUGUGACAAGAGUACUGGGAGGGUGGACGCUGUGCGGGAGGCAGAAUCCCCUUUGGCCUACCCUACGGAAACCUGCGAGGGAGGGUGGUGAUUGCUGCCCUUUCCCGUUGUCCCGAUGCCCAGCGCCAGCGCCAGCCGCAAGACUCAGGAGAAGCCGCGGGAGGUCACGGACGCGGCGGAAGAUUAUGCUAAAGAAAGAUAUGGACUAUCUUCAAUGAUACAGUCACAAGAAAAGUCAGAUCGAGUUUUGGUUCGGGUUAGCGAUUUGACAGUACAAAAAGCUGAUGAAGUCGUUUGGGUUCGUGCAAGGGUUCAUACAAGCAGAGCUAAAGGAAAACAGUGUUUCUUAGUCCUACGUCAGCAGCAGUUUAACGUCCAGGCUCUUGUGGCAGUGGGAGACCAUGCAAGCAAACAGAUGGUUAAAUUUGCUGCCAAUUGGAAUUUUUUCUUUUGACAGCAUCACAAAGAGAGCAUCGUAGAUGUAGAGGGUGUUGUGAGAAAAGUCAAUCAGAAAAUCGGAAGCUGUACACAGCAAGAUGUAGAAUUACAUGUUCAAAAGAUUUAUGUGAUCAGUUUGGCUGAACCCCGUUUGCCCCUGCAACUGGAUGAUGCCAUUCGGCCUGAGGUAGAAGGAGAAGAGGAAGGAAGAGCUACUGUUAACCAGGAUACAAGAUUAGACAACAGAGUCAUUGAUCUUAGGACAUCAACUAGUCAGGCAGUCUUUUCGUCUCAGUCUGGCAUCUGCCAUCUUUUCCGAGAAACUUUAAUUAACAAGGGUUUUGUGGAGAUUCAAACUCCUAAAAUUAUCUCAGCUGCCAGUGAAGGAGGAGCCAAUGUAUUUACUGUGUCAUAUUUUAAAAAUAAUGCAUAUCUGGCUCAGUCCCCACAGCUAUACAAGCAAAUGUGCAUUUGUGCUGAUUUUGAGAAGGUUUUCUGUAUUGGACCAGUAUUCAGAGCUGAAGACUCUAACACCCACAGGCAUCUAACAGAAUUUGUUGCUGACAUUGAAAUGGCUUUUAAUUACCAUUACCAUGAAGUUGUAGAAGAAAUUGCUGACACCUUAGUACAAAUAUUCAAAGGACUUCAAGAAAGGUUUCAAACUGAAAUUCAGACAGUGAAUAAACAAUUCCCAUGUGAGCCAUUCAAAUUUUUGGAGCCAACUUUAAGACUAGAGUAUUGUGAAGCAUUGGCUAUGCUUAGGGAAGCUGGAAUUGAAAUGGGAGAUGAAGAAGAUCUGAGUACGCCAAAUGAAAAAACUGUUGGUCGUUUGGUGAAGGAAAAGUAUGAUACAGAUUUUUAUAUUCUUGAUAAAUAUCCAUUGGCUGUAAGACCUUUCUAUACCAUGCCUGACCCAAGAGAUUCUAAACAGUCCAACUCUUAUGACAUGUUCAUGAGAGGAGAAGAAAUACUGUCAGGAGCUCAAAGAAUACACGAUCCUCAGCUGCUAACGGAGAGAGCCUUACAUCAUGGAAUUGAUUUGGAGAAGAUUAAGGCAUACAUUGAUUCCUUCCGCUUUGGAGCCCCUCCUCAUGCUGGUGGAGGCAUUGGGUUGGAACGAGUUACUAUGCUGUUUUUGGGAUUACACAACAUUCGUCAGACCUCAAUGUUCCCCCGUGAUCCUAAACGACUCACUCCUUAAAGAAAGCCAUGUUUUAUAUUUUUUCCAGUAACCUGCAAUUGAUCAGGCAGUACCUUAGGUACCUUAAAGUAUGCAGUAAAAUAAAUGUCUUUAAUCUAAAGUGCCACAAUUACUUUUGGAUUAAUUCAGUAUAGGUUACUUUAAAAGAGAAGAUUUCUAUAACUUUGGAAUGCUUCAGUAGGAAAUGGUUGAACAUUUUAAUGAAAAAUUCAUAUGAUUGUGUUAAAAAUUCAUAUUGCAUUACUAAAAUAAAUGUUAAUAAUUUUAAACAGUUAAGAUUGUAAAUUUUUUUCUUUUCUAUAUUAACAGUGGCUGCAAUGUUAAUGUCUUAAAUUCUCAAUAUUUGAGCUUAUUUUUUUAAAUUCUGAUGUUGAGAUAAGAGCAAUUUUAGAGAAGUAUCUGAGAUUUUAAUGAAUGUAUAACUGACAUACUAUGGAAAAUUAGGCAGAGGGUAUCGAUUCGUAAAGGUUGUGCCCAGAUACCCUGUAAAGCAGGUGAGAAAUACUGGUCAGGAAAUAUUCAUUAUAAUAUUAUAUUAAGUUCUAAACCUGAAUCUCAAUAAAAUUUCAAAGCUACUUACAGUUGUUUUUGUAUAACUUCAUGGCAGUCUGAUUUGAUAACUGGCUCUUGGCUUUUAUAGUUUGGGAAAAGGAAAGGUAUAUAACUGGUUUAUGUAAAUAGCCUAAAACAAAUAAAAACUGAUAUAUUCACAACAUAUGUUCAUACCAAGAUAUAUGUUCAGAUGGGUGUAAGGAUAGAGCUCUUAAAGCUGAAAGUUUGGAUUGCUUAAUAGUUUUAUUUCACAUAAAUUAAAAAAUUAUUGCAGAACUUUCCAUUUUUAACUGGUACCAGUAUUUAUCAAACGUCACGAAAAUGCACUCUUAUUUUCCCUACCAGAAAUAAAUUCCUGUGUAAGAAUUAUAAUUAGAAAUACUUUCCCUCUAGAUUAUUAAAUAUGUUGAUGCUGAUGUUAAUUUUACAGUGAAUCAUAUGGAAUAGGCAGGAACAAAACAUUGUAAUGCAAAUGUUUUUCUACAAGUAGGACUUUAUUCCUGGACCAUAAAUGCCUGCUCAUUAUUCUUGAAAGUUAAUUUAUCUCAUCAUCUGGAUUAUGAGCUCUUUGAAAAUAAAGACACAAUUGUUAUAUCUUUUAUACCUUAACCAGAGCAUUUGAGUAUAGUAGGCACCCCAACAGUGUUUAAUAAAUUUAAUCCACACAAGAAUAAAAUGGACUACUGUUCAUCUUUUUCUGUAUUGUGUGAUCCCCAGGUCCUAAAAUAGUAUAAUGAAAUGGCCCUAGAGUUCCUCUUUUCAAGUUCAUAGAAUUAUAGCUUCUUUCAAAAUAAUUGGUUUGUAAAGUUUUAUAGUAUCUUUUUUAUUUAAUUAUUUUUGUUAUAAAGUAUUUCAAACAUGCCAUUUGGAGCAGAAUAAAAAGGAUAUCCCUGUACUUGAUACUCAUCUUAAUAAAAUCUUAACAUUGUUGUA